AUGGCUCUCCAAGUCGCACGCUUUGCCGCCCUUGCGGGGCUCGCGCUCUCAGGUCUCACCUCGGCAACGCCUCAAGUCGGCAUCCGGCAAGCAAACGAGACCCUGGGUCGAGGUUGCGCCGCCCUCGUCCGAACAGGCUUGUCAGAACAGCUGUACUUCCAAGGCAACACCGAAUACACCGAAACACUGGAGUCUUACUACGAUGGCGCGGUUCAAGAGGUUACGCCGCGUUGUAUCUUCAAGCCCGAGACCACAGAGCAGGUGUCCGCUGCUCUCAAAGCACUCAGCGCCGAGGGGGGGAACUGCUGGACCGUCGCUAUUCGCAGCGGUGGCCACUCUCCCGUCCCGAACAAUAACGCCCAGAAUGGUGUGACGAUUGACCUCGGGCGUUUGGAUUCCGUCACUUACAGCGAGGAUGCCGGUGUAGAGAAGGGCCACGGCAUCGCGUCAAUUGGCUCGGGUGCCAGAUGGGGAGACGUGUAUACCCAGCUCGAGAAGCAAGGUGCCAUGGUGACCGGUGGUCGUGAAGGACAUGUUGGUGUCGGCGGCUUCCUCCUCGGCGGUGGGUUUUCGUGGCAAUCCGGGAAAUACGGCAUGGCCUGCGACAGCGUCGUCCGCUACGAGGUCGUCCUCGCCAAUGGCACCGUCGUGACAGCUACAUCCACCACCCACCACGACCUCUGGAAAUCCCUCAAAGGCGGCCUGAACAACCUCGGCCUCGUCACACGCUUCGACAUGCAGGCCUUCCCCGCGCACGACGCAUACGGCGGCAUCAUGGCAUUCCCCUACACCCAAGCCGCAGCCCUCUUCGAAACCUUCGACGCCAUGAUCAGAAACAACCCGCAGAACCCCGCCGAGCACGGCUUCGUAUCCCUAUCCUGGAGUCCGGCCAGCGGCUCGUCAGCCGCAUUCGUCCUCGCCAACGUCGACGGCGUCGCGAACUCAACUUCGUUCGCCGGACUGGGAGAUCUCAACCCCAUCAUCGACACACGCGCACGCACACCCAUCUCAGGACUCGUGAAGCAGCUCGAGGGAGGCCUGGGUCUGUACAACGUGUGGUUCACAUCCACAUUCCACUCCUCCUUAUCCAUGGCGCGCAAAAUCAUCCAAGUCUUCGACGAUCUAAGCGCCGAUGUGAAGGACACGCUCAACCCCACCGACCAAAUCAUCUUCCUCGCGACGCCCCUACCCACGAACUACGCAGGCCACGGCGAGAACAUCCUCGGACUGAACGAGGGCGCCUACGAGCCCAGCAUGGUUAUCCAGGCCGAGGCGUUGCUUUCGACGCCGGAGCACAAGCAGCUGCUGACCGAGAAGCUGGAGUACGCGCUCGAGCACACCCUCGCUACGUGGGCUGCGGCCACGCACCAGCGCACGAGGUGGAAAUAUCUCAACUACGCGAAUCCGAGGCAGGAUGUGUGGUGGACGAUCGGGGAGAACAGAUUCUUUCUGAGACGGACUGCACAGAUGUACGAUCCGACCGGGUUCUUCCAGGCGAGAGUUUCUGGAGGAUUCAAGAUCUCGCAGGUUGACGAGGAUUAA